CGCGCCGAGAGUCUCGUGUGUUUACGUGGAGAAACAUGGCGGCGACUGUGACAGCAAAGCCCGAAUAAAACACAGCGAAAAUCCAAAGGGUUUGCCGUCCGAGCCGAAGCGGACACACGUGUCAGCGGACCGCAUCUAGCGUUAGGCGUGUGUGUGUGCGUGUGGCACUUUUGUGACGCGCGUGUGUCCGUGUUUAAGCCGCAGGAACCGCAGAGAUGAUGGAAGACGAGGAGCGACAGAGGAAACUACAGGCCGGCAAAGCCAAGCUGGCCGAGUACCGUCAGAGGAAAGCUCAAUCCGAUGGCCAGAAGAAGCAGAAGAAGAAGAAGAAGAAGCCUGAAUCGGACGUAGAGGAGCGUAUGAGAGAGGAGCAGAGCAGGGAUGAGGGAGAGGAGCAGAAGGGAGAUCAGAACACCGUGUUUUCCCUCUCAAAAACUCUCCGCAGCGGAGAAACCGUCACAAAUGACCAGACGUACACCAUAGAGCCCGAGAGUGAAGUCUCAACGACGGCUGAAGACUGUUCUUCUGAGGUAAAUGGUUUCCACGAGAGGACAGAGAGUGAUGUGCCGUCCUGUGUGAUCGGGGAAGAAGAUCUCCAGCAAUCUGAAGCGCAGAUGGAGCCGGACCUCCAGAGCGGCGGUCCUCAGAGCCGAACACAGAUCAUGGAGGACGAGUUAGCUGCCAAGAACAUGGCCAUGGAAGAGCUGAGCCGUGAGCUGGAGGAGAUGAGGGCUGCGUUCGGAGCUGAAGGAGUGCAGCAGCUGCAGGAGUUCGAGGAAGCGCUGAAACAGAGGGAUGAGAUCAUCACGCAGCUCACCGCCAACAUGCAGCAGGCGCGGACGGAGAAGGAGGAAGUGAUGCGGGAGUUUCUGCAACUGACGGAGCAAAGCCAGAAACUCCAGAUUCAGUUCCAACAGCUGCAGGCCGGUGAGAUACUGAGGAGCUCCAACAUCAGCUCCACCGCGGCGGAUCUUCUCCAGGCCCGUCAGCAGAUCACGCUGUAUCAACAGCAGCUGGACGAGAAGGACGCACAGGUCAGAGGUCACCAGGAGAAGACACAGGAGCAGCUUUUAUUGAUCGCGCAGCUUCAGGAGAGGCUGAGUGAAGCCGAGAGGGUCCGCACACAAGCCGAAGAAUCAUCUGUGCAGAGUUUACGAGAAAAGGACUUACUGAACACCGAACAGCAGCAGCGUCUGAUCUCAGAACAUCUUCAGACGAUAACGCAACUUCAGGAUCAGCUUCUGACUUCCAAACAACAAGUGGAAGAAGCGAACAAACACUUGGCUGCGAAAACCCAAGAGCUGGACAACUGCGAACGAGAGCUGUCUGCGUCCAGACAGAAGGAGCGGAUGUCGUCCGGAGAAAUUCUGCAGCUCAUGAAAACCGUGGAGGAUCUUCAGCAGCGCUGCCACCAAGGCAGCCAAUCAGAGGGCGAGACGGUGCAAAGACUCGAGGACGACUGGAACCGCAGGAUGGAGCAGCUGCGGGCCGAACUGGACGAAAUGUACGGACAGCAGAUCGUGCAGAUGAAGCAGGAGCUUCGGCUUCAGCACGCAGCAGAGGUGGAGCGAAUCCAAGAGCAGAAUCGUUUCGAAACGGAGAAGAUCGUUCAGCAGCAUCAGUCAGAGCUGGAGAGGUUCAAAGGUCAGCUGUUCCAGAGCACUGGUGGCGUCAACGUCCUGAACGUGAAGGUCAUCGAGCUGCAGCAGAAGCUGCAGGAGACGCAGGUGCUGCGAGACAAGGCAGAACAGGAAGUAGCGCAGAUGAAUGCAGAAAAACUCAGUGUGGCACAGCAGGCCGAGCAUUUGCGCGACGAGCUGCGCUCUGCCAGAGCGGAGGUCGCUGAGACGCAGCUGCUGCGUGACGCCAUUCACGACCUGCAGGCGCGGCUUGAUGUGGCGCAGAAGGCCAACGGCGAGCUAGAGGCCGAGCACGAAUCAGAGAUCACCAACUACAAGAUCAAACUCGACAUGCUGGAGCGGGAAAAAGACGCUGUGCUUGACCGCAUGGCCGAGUCGCAGGAAGCAGAGCUGGAACGGCUUCGCACGCAGCUCUUGUUUAGCCACGAAGAGGAGCUUUCCCGACUCCGAGACGACCUGCAGCGGGAAGGCCAGCUCAACGUGCAGAACCUGCGUGACGAGAUGGCCGUGAGACACCGCGAGGCUGUGAACCGUUUCGAGGACAAGCUGAUGUCAUUAGAGGAGGAAAGAGUCGCGCUGCUUCAGGAGAUCGCGGCGCUGAAAAACAAUCUGCCGGAAAGCGGCAAAGCCGAGGAACUGGUCGCGCAGCUGCAGGAACUGCAGACGGAGGUCGAACGUCUGAGACGGAGAGAGAGCGAAAGAAAAGAGUCGAACGAAAGCACUGAUCGUGAACUCCUCCUGCAGAAAAUCAACCAUCUCUCCUUGGAAAAUGAGCAGGCUUGCGCGCGACUGAAAGACCUUCAGGCUGAGAUCGAACAGCAGAGGAACACUUUCUCCUUCACCGAGAAGAACUUCGAGGUGAACUACCAGGAGCUGAAGGACGAGUACACGUGCCUGGUGAACGCGAAGACGCAACUGGAGGAGCGCUUGAUCAGAGAAACCGCAGAGUACGAGACGAAACUCGCCGAGCUUCAAACGAGCCACGAGGAGGUGGACGGGAAAUCGUCGAUUGAAAAACACACCACCGAGCUGAUGGAAAAGCUGGAGACAGCCGAGAAAGAGAAGAAGGACCUCGCGGAACGGCUUGCGCUGAUGGAAACAAACGCCAAGCGACUGGAAGAUGAGCUCAAGAUGAGAAAUAAAGAGCCCGAGCAGGAGUGCAGCGUCGCUGGUGGGCUGUGCUCUGUGCAGACGCAUCACAUGCACAUCAGAUCUUUGCAGGAGGAAGUGGACGCGCUUCAGUCGUCUCUGCUGAGUGCUGAACGAGAGCGCGGCUUGGUGCAGGAGAAGCGAGCGACGACAGCAGCGCAGGGGAGGGAGAGAGAGACACCCGCGAGUACUACAGCGAGCCGGCUCCUUUCACACACACACGCAGCAGCGGCACAGGAGGAUCAGCUCUCAGUCUCCUUCAGCCUCCCGCAGCAGGUUGAGACGGGAGAUGCUCAGGCCGAUGGAGACGCUGUCAGAGCCUCGUGUGUGAUGCAGCCACUGGAAAUGGACGGUGCUGAGCAUGAUGAGUGCCGUCUGCAGUUGGAGGCUCAGCGCAUCAGUCUGUCGCAGAUUCACGCCGCUCAGCUGGAGCUGCUCAGGGAGAGUCUGUGUGCGCAGACGCAGGCGCAGCUGCGCAGCCGAGAGCGGGAGCUGCAGGACGCACACGAGCGGGAGCUGCGGCGCUUGCAGGAGGAGCUGAAGAGGGAGCAGCAGGGGGUCAACGGUCAGCCUGCAGAGCCGAGCGAGCCGAUCGUCCAGCAGCUGAAGUCGGAGUUUCAGGAGUGUUCGGCGCAGCUGGAAGAGAGACACCGUCAGGAGAUCGAGCGGCUGAAGAGCUACUACCAGCAGCAGAUGGAGGAGACGCAGGAGCGAUUCACCGCAGAGAUCCUCCUGCUGCAGCAGAGACUGCAGGAGCUCACGGGAGCAGAGGAGCUCUUCAGUGUGCCGAGCGUCAGUCCGCCCCUGACGAGAGACGUGCGAGGUGAACGUGUUCAGGAUGAAGAGCGUCCCUCUGUAGAUGUCGGAGCAGGUCUGUCGCGUGAGCUGCAGGCAGUGCAGAAAGCCUCGUGCGAGAGCUCGCGUGAGGAGCUGACGGAUCUGGAUCUGGAGCGACUGAGAGACGCAGCGGAGCGAGGGAUCGGAUCUCCUCCGGAGGAAACGCAUCUCGGACGCUUGCAGGAGAAACACCAGCAGGAGCUGCUGGAGGAGGAGAUCGCCAAGGUGAUCGUGCAGAUGUCGGUUGAAUUCGCCCAGCAGACCGAACACGCCCGGAUCAGCAAACAGGCCAGAGAGACGAGCACAGCCAUGCAGACGGACGGCGCUGAGGAUGACGAGGGUGAGGAGGAGGACAGACUGAAGUCUUCUGAAGAAGAGAAAACACAAGAGGAUGAGGAUGAUGAUGAAGAGAUCCUCCCUUCAGAGGUGAUGUUUGAUGAUGAUGAUGAUGACACGGUUGAGGAAGAGGACACUGAGAUCCCGGCAGAGCUGCCUGAUGAUGAUGAUGAUGAUGGUGAUGAUGAGCAGGGCACACCUGUGUUCACGGAGGACUAUUGCUCUGAGCUCGUCCAGCAGGAAGAGGAACACGGCCGUGUGCUGGAGGCGCUCAGAGUGUCACACACACGACAGCUGGAGAUCCAGCAGGAGACGAACACACACCUGACGGCACAGAUACACACACUCAGCCAGCAGCUGCUGCAGAGAGAGCUGGAGAUGCAGAGGAUGAAGGAGGGAGAAAACGAGACUGAGAUGGAAAGAGAUGAGCGCCCGCUUCCCAGCAUGCAAAGCUGUGGCACACAGACAGAGCAGAAGAAAGAGGAAGAGGAAGAGAAGGAGGUGAUAAAGGACAAAGGUCAUGGAAGGAGCGUGACAUCAGAGUCACCUGCUCAAGACCCAGAGCUCACAUCUGAUGUCAUCAUCACAGAGAGGGAUUUGUUGCGUAAGGCAAACGCUCGUCUGCGUCAGGUGAUCGUCGAUGUGCUGAAGACGACCGCAGCGGCGGAGGAAACCAUCGGCCGUCAUGUGGAGGGGAUCCUGCAGGCGUCCAGUAAGGGUCACCUGACGGUCCCAGCGGAGGGGUUCAAACCGUACGGCGGCCCGACGGCAGGACCUGCUGGAGACACGUCCUCUGAGAGUUUCCACGGCAGCGAGACGGGCGCGGAUGACGUCAGCGUGUUUUCAGCAGAAACAGAGACCGAUGAAGGGCUGGAGAUGUCACUGAAGAUCCAGGGGGCGGAGCUCCUGCACCAGGAGGCGGAGCUCCAGCCGGAGAGGGAGGAGCAUCUGAUGAGCAUCAGCACACGACUGCAGAGCGCUGUAGAGAAGCUGCUCAUCGCCAUCACUGAGACCACCACUCAGCUGGAACAUGCGCGGAUCACGCAGACGGAGCUGAUGAGGGAGAAGUUCAGGCACAAUGAGGAGAUGGAGGAGCUGCUGCGACGACAGGAGGAGCUGCAGGAGCGUCUGUGUGAGGAGGCCAGAGCGCGCGAGCAGCUGGCGCUGGAGCUGCACAAGGCUGAAGGUUUGAUUGACGGCUACACCGGCGAGCGUCUGGCGCUGGAGCAGCAGAUCCGCGAGCACGCCGAACUGCAGCUGCACCUGGAGCAGGAGCUGCACGUGACCGGCAGCCGUCUGCGCGAACUCGAGCAGGAGCGACAGCAGAUACAAGACGAACGCCAGCUGCUGUCACGGCAACAGGACGCCAUGAGAGACGGGGCGGGGUCUCGAGAGCUACGACUAGUUGAGGCUGCUCUUGACGCAGCACCUGAAGCAGACCUGCUGGAGGAGACGGAGAAGCUGAUGGCGGAGAAGGUGGAGGUGCAGCGUCAGGCGCAGAAGGAGAGCGGCGAGCUGCUGCAGCAGGUGAAGCACCUGGAGGCGGAGCUGGAGGAGCAGGUGAGCCGCUUACAGGAGCUGCAGGAGACGCGGCGCACAGAGGGAGACGACCUGCGACAGCAGAUCCAGGCCUUGGAGAAACAGCUGGAGAACAACCGCAAGUUCAUGGACGAGCAGGCCGCGGACAGAGAACACGAGCGCGACGUCUUUCAGCAGGAGAUUCACAACCUGGAGCAGCAGCUGAAGAAUCCUCCCAAAACAGGAUCAGGAAGUGACCGCAGGGACAGAGAGGUGCAGGAGUUGAGCCGCGCGCUGCAGGAGAAGUCGGACUGCUGCAGUGAGCUUCUGUUGAGCGCGGAGCAGCUGCAGCGGGAUGUGCGCGAGAGAGACGAGGAGAUCGAGACGCUCGGAGCUCGCGUGAGAGAGCUGGAGCAGACGCUCAUGCACAGGGUUGAGGAGGUUCAGCAUGUGUCCAUGGCGGGCCGAGGAGACGUCACACUGGAAGCUCAGCUCCAGACCGAGAGAGAGGCGCUGGACAGAAAGGAGAAAGAGAUAGUGAAUCUGGAGGAGCAGCUGGAGCAGUUCCGUGAGGAGCUGGAGAACAAGAGCGAGGAGGUGAAUCAGCUCCACAUGCAGCUGGAGAUCCAGAGGAAGGAGAUCAGCAGCCAUCAGCAGGAUCUGCAGGCUCAGGCCCGACUCGCACAGGUCUUGGAGGAGAAGGACAGGCAGAUUGCUGUCCUUAACGAACAGAUCGCUAAACGUCAGCACACGGACACAGAGCCUGAGAAAGAGGUGGUGCAGGAGAAGGAGGAGGAUCUCCGUGAGCUGGAGGCGCAGGUGGAGUAUCUGCGGGGCGAACAGGAGCGUCUGAAGAGGAACAACGAGGAGGAGGUGGAGCAGCUCAACGCCGUCAUCGAGAAGCUCCAGCAGGAGCUGUCGCACAUUGAGCGCAAGGACGAGGCCAGAGACGAUUACGACGAAAUGAAGCAGAAGAUGGACGAGGUCACGACCGAGCUCCACACGCUGAAGGCCGACCACAGCUCGCUACGGAGCGAGUACGAGCGCCUGCAGGAGGAGACGGUGGUGGAGCUGGAGGAGGCGCUGAGGGAAAAGACGGCGGCGUUCGUGGUGGUCCAGGCUCAGGUUCAGGCGCUGGAGGAGAGCGCAGGAUCCAGGGUGAGGAGUUUGAGCCGGCGCGUGGAGGAGCUGGAGACGUGCGUGGAGGAGAAGGACUCGGAGCUGCGCGCUUGCAGGCUGAAGGUGGAGCAAGCUCAGACGGACGCCGACGCUCUUUACGCCAAAGUCGCCCAGCUCGAGGACAAACUCAGGGAGAAGGUGGCCGCCGUUCUGGUCAGUCAAGCACAACUAGGAGCCGUCCAGACGCAAACCAAAGAGCUGCGCGCCGAGGCCCACGCAGAGGAUCCAACGGGCCCCAGUGCGCAGCUGCAGGCAGAAGGCCUCACGGCGCAGGACGGAGCGUCGACGCCCAAGGGGAUCCUGCUGACGGAGAAGCUGAGGGAGCUGGAGGAGGGAUUGAGCGGGAUGCAGAAGGACCAGGAGCUGCAGAAGCAGCUGUUGAGCAGCUCAGAGGACGAGGUGAUGGAGUACGAGAGGAGAUUAGCUGUGAUGAUGGACAUACUGAACCAAAUGAGAGCCAAACCAACCCUUCACAGAGCGCUGCUGGUCGCUGAGGAGUCAGGUGAGGACGGCCGGUCGCUGUCAGAGCUGCUACAGGAGCUGCAGGAGGUCAAAGGUGAAGCCACGUCCUCUAAAGAGGAGCUGAACUGCUACAGAGAACUGAGCCACAAGCUUCAGGAGGAGAUUGAGAUGAAGGAGAGCACGAUCACACAACUCCAGACGGCUCUCAGCCAGGUGUCAGCGGGCUCACGUGACGAAGACGCUGCCGAGACUGCUAAACUUCUCCAGGAGCUGCAGGAGGUCAAAGGUCAGGCGUCCGCCACACGACAGGAGCUGGACAGCUGCAGGGAUCAGAGCGUCCGGCUGCAGGAGCUGCUGCAGGAGAGAGAGAUGAGCAUCGCUCUGCUGAAGGAUCAGCUCCACAGGGCCUCACAAGAGGGUGAUCAGUCCACAGCAGAGCUGCUACAGGAUCUGCAGGAGGUCAAAGGUGAAGCGGCCGCCACCAAAGAGGAGCUGAGCAGCUACAGGGAGCGCAGUCUCAAACUGCAGGAAGAGAUCGAGGUCAGAGACGUGUCCAUUGCUGAGCUGAGGGUCAAAGUUCAGGAGCUGCAGACCGCUUUGGCCAAAUCCAACGAGGAGCCAACACAACAACCGCUGUCUCAGCCUAAAACGAAAGCAGGGAAAAAUGGAGACAACAGAGAGCAUCAUGGGAUGAACAAGAGUGCCGAGCCCUCACUUCCUCACAGAAACUCCACGGACAAAUCAGAGAGGUCCUCGUCUCUGAGCGGAACCCCCGUCCCGUCCCGUGUGGACGUGGGUACGCAGACUGACCCGUCCAGAGCCGAUGACGUGGAGGAGAUGAUCGCAGGAUACACGGAGAAGAUCGGACAGAUGCAGGAGCUCCACGCGGCCGAGAUCAUGGACAUGGAGGCCAGACACAUCUCAGAGAGCGAGAGCCUGAAGAGGGAAAACCAGCAGCUGGAGGAGGAGAUCCGAGCGCUGAGAGACGCCAUCGACAAACUCAGAGCCACCGAGGGUCCCUCGGUGAGGUCAGACCGUCCCGCGGUCUCUCCGUUUAAAGAUGAAUACGCCAGUGACAGCAGUUCAGACUGGAGUCAGCGCACCGGUUACGAUCAUCCUCACCUGCAGCACGAGUACCGCACCACACCUGAGGGCGCGCGCAGAGACACGGAGCCGGACGUCCUGCCAGACAGGAUCAAGAGUCUGCUGCGCGAGGUCCAUCAGGAGGGGAUGCAGGUGCUGUCGCUCUCUGAACUGCCGCUGUCUGAUGCGGACCGACCCGGCCCGACGCUUCCCCCUCAGACCUGGAGCAAAGAGAGAGACGCCCUCAUCGACACCGUUGAGUCCCUGAAGAUCCUCAUCAGCAAACUGCAGACCGCCACGGACACACAGGUUGAUAGCGACUGGCGAGCAGAGCUGCUGUCGGCCGUUCAGCAGGUGUUUGUUCACGAGCGAGACGUGCUGAAGAACGUUUUAUACUCUCAUCUGGAGCGGCUGGACACCGCUGAUGCUGUCAUUCACCUCAACCAGCUGGAGAGAGCGCUAGCUGAGCAGGACGCCCGGCACAGGGAGGUCAUGGGUGUGUUGUGCUCCGCGGACAGAAGCAGCCUGCGCUCAGAGAUCCAUCAGCUCAGAGCUCAGCUUCAGUCGCUCACGUCUGCACAUACACAGCGCCACCAUGUGGACACCACUGGAAUGGAGACGGUGAGGGAGGCAGAACUGAUGUCGGCGGUCGGGUCGGGCUCUGAUAGACUGGAGGAAAUGAAGACUGAACUGAGCCAGACUAAACUAGAGCUGGAGAGCGCUCUAAAAUCACAACACAAACACCUGAAAGAGCUCGACACACUCAGGACGGAGGUCUCGCUGAAGGCCGCUGAAGUCGACACACUGAACGACAGACUGGCAGACGAGCAGAAGCGAGCGAGAGAGCUGCAGUGGGCCUAUGAGAAAGAGAAGUGCAAAUCUGACAGGAAGGAGGAGACCGAGAGAGAGGAAGUGGAGGACCUUAAACUGGCUCUAGAGGAACAGCGAGGUCAUGUGGCCGACCUGUCGAGCUCUCUGGAGAAAGAGAGGCAGAUUUCAGCCCAGCUCAGAGAGCAGGUAGACGGGCAGCAGGCGCGAGAGGUCGGCGUCUCCUCAGAGCUGCAGGUUCAGUUAGACGCUCAGAGAGCUCGGGCCGCGGAGCUCAGCAGCGCUCUAGAGAAGGAGAAAGAGCUCAACGCACAACUGCUCCAGCGGUUCCACACGAGCUCCACAUCAAACCCGCAGGACUCUGGGACAGGCCACACCCUCAUGCAGGCCGAAGCCACCUGCAGCCAGGUGGAGGCCGGCGUUCUCUCUGUGGAGUCUCUCCUGCAGACGCUGCAGACGCAGCUGGCAGAGAAGCAGGCGCAGGUGGUGCAGAUGAUGGAGGAGCUGGAGAGACACAAACUGGACACGGUGCAGUGCAAACGACAGUGGGACGAGGAGAAAGCUUCACUCGCACGCGCCGCCACGCAGGACCAGAACGAGUUGCGGGCAGCACAUGACCGUCUAAGCGGCCUGGAGAGACGGGCGGAUGAGCUGCGGGCAGAGCUGGACGCAGAGAGAGACGGCGUGAGGAGGCUGGAGAGAGAGAGAGACCGACUGCAGGAGAGAGUGAGAGAGCUGGAGGAGAAGCUGAGAGCCGCUGAGAAUGACCGGAGCGUGCGAUCGGACGGUCCACCUGCGGAUCGAACCCGUGACUGGGUGUUUCAGCAGAAGACGGGAGACGCUCUGACACUGGAGUCGAGCGCUGGUCAGAGCUCCGACCCCAAACACAUGGACAACAUCCUCAGCAGACUGCAGCUCAUCGCCGCCAGGAUCAACGGCUUGACCGGCGAAACCCCGGGCAGGUCAUCUGGAGAAGGGCCUGACCGGGAAAGUCUAGCGUGGCUUCACAGUAAUGUACAGGAUGUGAUGUCACUUUUGCAGCAUAUCCCAUCAGCCCCUUCUGCUCUGCCGGAGAGCGCCGCCCUGCUGGCUGGAGGCUCGUCCAGUCUGCUGAUUGAGCGUUUACUCAGGCAGAACGCUGAACUGACGGGAUUCGUCAGUCGACUGACAGAAGAGAAGAACGACUUAAGAAACCAGUUACUGAAACUCGAGGAGGAACUGCGGCGGUACAGACAGAAGAAGGUCACAGCAGAGAGCGUGUCCAGCAGGAGCGGUGUGGACCGUCAGGAGCUGGUCUUGUUCUCCAGUGAGCGCGAGUCUUGGGCUCAGGAGAGGAACCGUUUGGAAAAGUCCCUCCGUCAGGCAGAGGCAGAGCUGACCCGUCUGAGAGCAGACAUUCGCUCCGACACGCUGCGAGAUCUGACCGGAGCCGACCUGGACAACACGGCCCUCAAGAGGAUGUAUGGGAAAUACCUGCGUGCCGAGAGCUUCCGGAAGGCUCUGAUCUAUCAGAAGAAGUAUCUUCUGCUGCUGCUGGGUGGAUUUCAGGAGUGUGAGGAGGCCACGCUGUCUCUGAUCGCCCGCAUGGGCGGCCACCCCACACACACCUGUCUGGAGUCUCUGGGCCAUCAGCGCAGGGGCUUCACGCGCUUCAGAUCAGCUGUGCGCGUCUCCAUCGCCCUAUCCCGGAUGAGGUUUCUGGUGAAGAGAUGGCAGCGAGCAGGAGGAGCCGUGACCUCUCCGAUCGUGAGCAGAAACGGCCUCAGCCAGAUCACAGGUGCUGAUGUGAGGAGUGAGUCUUCAUUCCUUCACCCCGGCACUGUGGAGGUGUUCAGAGAGAGACAGGCGAGCAGCCGCGGCCGGACGGGACGAGACUCGCCUCGCUCCGCCGCAUCAGUCCAGCACAGGUAUCACAGUAUGGCCGCUGACCCCGGAGGUUUACCAUGUUCUCACCUGCAGAACUACGACCCUGAUCGCGCUCUCACCGACUAUAUAUCCCGUCUGGAGGCCCUACAGAGACGACUGGGAAGUGUGCAGUCAGGAUCCUCUUCGUACGCUCAAUUGCACUUUGGAGUCAGAAGAUAAAGAUCUUCAUUUACAUUUAAACUGGCUUGAAGAAACUCAGUUGCCUUCUCUUGUGCUGAGCUGCUGUGCUUUUGUAUUCUCACUAUAAAUGUGUACAACUCUGUGGGACCAAAAAGACGUUUGUUUUUUUUGUGUAUCAUCUUAUAAUCAAGCUUUAUGUUGGCGGCAUUUGAAACAGCUUCAACGUCUGUACAUUAGUUCUACCUUAUUUGUUGUUAAUGGAAAACAAUCAUGUUGUUACUGUAUAUUUGUGGAAUGCUAAUUUAAGUUGAUUAAUUUAAGACGUGUUGGAUGGUGAACAGGACGGCUGCUAUCGGACUCUUGAUAACGCUGCUGCUGCUGCGCGAGCGACGCUGAAAACACUAACAGGAGGAGUGCGAGUCAGAUCUCUGAGCGUCGUGAGGCGAGUCAUGUGACGCUGCGCAGUAGUGCGCUGUUAUCGGAUACUCACACUGUGUUUUAUUCGCUCGCUCCCAUGAAAAGACCAGAGGACAUUUGUAGAAGACAUAUUUUUGUAAAGGUAGGAGCUUUGGAUUUUAUGGGUAUUUUGUCAAAACUGAAAUAAAGAUUAAUAUAAUAUUUGAAAACUG